GCGCAGGCUGGGUGCGGGGCCGCAGCCGCCCGAGGCUCGCGUAGCGGGGGAGCGGGCUGGGCUCGGGAUGGGCGCCCGUCCGCGCUCGGGCGCGCGGGCUGCAGUCACCCGGUCGCGCUCCCCUCCGGGCCGCGCCGCGCGGAGACCCCGGGUGGCGGCGAGGACUGCGGGCGGCUGUUGGGGCGCGGGCGGGGGAGGGGCGCGGCCCGGCCUCGCUCGCUCGGGACGCGCGUGUGGGCACCUUGUGUCUGUGGCCUCUCCAGAAGGAGGCCCUGGCCACAGCCUCGGUAAAGUUGUGGGUCAGAAGUGUAUACAGUUGCCAAACUUAUUGUCAGCUUCCUGCCUCAGCAACUUGUGUUUGGUGGUCAGAUAUCCAGUUGUACAUUCUCACAUCAAUGCACUGCCAAUGGGUUAUAUCCUGUGUUGUGACCUCAUGGUUUAAGUGGGAAUAAAGAUGAGUAUAAGCAGUGAUGAGGUCAACUUCUUGGUAUAUAGGUACUUGCAAGAGUCAGGAUUUUCUCAUUCCGCAUUUACCUUUGGUAUAGAGAGCCAUAUAAGUCAGUCCAAUAUAAAUGGUGCCCUUGUCCCACCUGCCGCAUUGAUCUCUAUCAUCCAGAAAGGCCUACAGUAUGUAGAGGCAGAAGUUAGCAUAAAUGAGGAUGGCACCUUAUUUGAUGGGCGACCUAUAGAGUCUCUGUCCCUGAUCGAUGCUGUCAUGCCUGAUGUUGUCCAAACAAGACAACAAGCCUACAGAGACAAACUUGCACAGCAACAUGCAGCCGCUGCUGCAGCUGCUGCCGCAGCCACUAACCAACAAGGAUCUGCAAAAAAUGGAGAGAAUACAGCAAAUGGGGAGGAGAAUGGAGCACAUACCAUCACAAAUAAUCAUACCGAUAUGAUGGAGGUAGAUGGGGAUGUUGAAAUCCCUCCCAAUAAAGCAGUUGUGCUACGGGGCCAUGAAUCUGAAGUUUUCAUCUGUGCCUGGAACCCUGUUAGUGAUCUCCUGGCAUCAGGGUCUGGGGACUCCACAGCAAGAAUAUGGAAUCUUAGUGAGAACAGCACGAGUGGUCCCACACAGCUGGUCCUUCGACACUGCAUACGGGAAGGGGGACAGGAUGUUCCCAGCAACAAGGAUGUCACUUCUCUAGACUGGAAUAGUGAAGGUACACUUCUAGCAACUGGGUCAUACGAUGGAUUUGCCAGAAUAUGGACUAAAGAUGGUAAUCUUGCCAGCACCUUGGGGCAGCAUAAAGGCCCUAUAUUUGCAUUAAAAUGGAAUAAGAAAGGAAAUUUCAUCCUAAGUGCUGGAGUAGAUAAGACUACCAUUAUUUGGGAUGCACACACUGGUGAAGCCAAGCAGCAGUUCCCUUUCCAUUCAGCCCCAGCACUGGAUGUCGACUGGCAGAGCAACAACACCUUCGCGUCUUGUAGCACAGAUAUGUGCAUUCAUGUCUGCAAAUUGGGACAAGACAGACCUGUCAAAACAUUCCAGGGACACACGAAUGAAGUAAACGCUAUCAAAUGGGACCCAACUGGCAAUCUCCUGGCCUCGUGUUCAGAUGACAUGACCUUGAAGAUUUGGAGUAUGAAGCAAGAUAACUGUGUCCAUGAUUUGCAAGCACAUAAUAAAGAAAUUUAUACUAUUAAAUGGAGUCCAACAGGACCAGGGACAAAUAAUCCAAAUGCCAAUCUUAUGCUAGCAAGUGCAUCCUUUGAUUCUACAGUUAGGUUAUGGGACGUUGACCGAGGCAUUUGUAUCCAUACUUUGACAAAACACCAAGAGCCUGUGUACAGUGUGGCUUUCAGCCCUGAUGGCAGGUAUCUGGCAAGUGGUUCUUUUGACAAAUGUGUACACAUCUGGAACACACAGACAGGUGCUCUAGUUCACAGUUACAGGGGAACCGGUGGGAUUUUUGAAGUUUGCUGGAAUGCAGCAGGAGACAAAGUUGGAGCCAGUGCAUCAGAUGGUUCAGUUUGUGUCUUAGACCUUCGGAAAUAGCGUUACUAGUUGGAAGCCAUGGACCGACUAUGAAUGUGUACAUAGCCACAAGACUAUCCCUGACCUACAUCCUGCUAUAGUCCCACUUGAACCAUGGCCAGUCCACUACAGCCAAAUCUAAGAGAAAUAUAUACAUGCAGUAUAUAUGAACACAGCUGUACCCUGAAGAUGAGUCUCUUCCCAGCUUGUGAAUUCUGCUCACCAAGUGCUGGGAUCUAACCUGCUGUGCCCCUAAGUAGCAUUUAGAAGUUUGGAUAUGAAAAGCAGAAGAGAUGGAAUAUGCGUUAUAAGAGCAAACCACACAUGUACCAGUUUUGGAUAUUAAUAACAGCCUUGUUUCUCUCUUUAAAUCAGCCGACACCAUGGAUUAUAUUCUUUUUUUCCCUUCAGUAGUGCACAGUUUGUAUGUACAGAGAACAAGGACUUAACAAAAACUCGCAGCGGUAGUUCGUUCUUCCUUUCAAGUUUGUUUUGGUUUAGAUUAUGGAUGCAUGAAGUAAGGGAGUGAAUCAUUUUCUUGCUUUUAUUUUUCCUUACCUUUUAAAAAAAAAUCUUAAAAAUAUUUUACUGCAUUCUUUGGAAAGGUAGAUGUUUGGUACAUUUUAUGGCUCCCAGAGCAUAUAUUCAUUUGAUGCAUAUUGUGAAGGAGUUGGAAUUAAAGGAAACCACAUGAUGCCUGUCAUGUUACUCUCUAAGACACAUCAGCAAAGGGUAUUAUGUUAUCUUUCUUUUGGGGUUUUGUUUUUGUUUUAUGUGUGUGCGUGUGUGUGUGUGAGAGAGAGAGAGAAAUAAUAGCUUAAGUAAAAUAGUUUUUUCUUUGGGACGUAUUUCUGCCAAUUAAAGACUAGAAGGGCACAAUUUUUUUUAAAUACCAUAAAGAAGAGACACUUUUUUUAAAAAAAAAAUAAUCUUCUGAUGUUUUGCAGCCAUAACUAAAUUAUGGUCAGAAUAUGCACUAUUAUGAGAACGAGCAACCUAGGAUGGGGCUUUUUUUUUUCCUUUUUCUUCUUUUUUUAACCAUUUGUCUGUUUUACUUAUUUCUUAAGAGAUUAAAAUAUUUCUGGAUAAGGAUUAGCUUCUCAAAGUGUCCAUCAUUCUGUAUAGAAGCUUAAAUAUGUAAUGUAACCCAGAUUCCAGUAUUAAAAAUCUCUCAUGUUAUUUCUCUUUUUUACAAAGCAAGAUUAUGGCAUAUAACACUGCCAUCACUUGGCAAAAUGUUUGCUACCUUAGUUUUAAAAACAACUUUUAAAGGCUUGCUUAGAGGUUUCUGAGUAGCGGUGACUGAGAGUUCAGGGAGAACUGUGGCUGCUGUGCCACUCUGCCUGCAUCUGUAGCUUCAAGGCUGCACUUUCUCAAGCAACGUAGAUCUAAGCUGCUGUUUUCCAGUAAUCACUACUAUAUCAUGUCUUCUACUCUGUUCAUAUCAAGUAUUUUUUAAAGAUAUAGGCAUCCAAUCAGAUCUCUUCUUGUGCUCAGCUGAAAGUACAAUAUACCUACAGAUAUUCACUAGAGGCCAUGUUUGCGAAGGUGCUUAUUAACAGGAGAAUCCCAGGUGUGUCGCUUCUGAAGAGAACAGUUGUCAAAUUUAUAUCUUUAAAUUUUUUAUUAAGAAAUUGCUUAGAAAAUUUAUAACACUAUUUGCGUCACUAGUUCUUUUGAGGCCUUUGACUGCUGAGUCCCACCCUGUGUUUUGGUAAGCGUCUCGAACCCGGCCCUGCAGCCUCGAUGCUCAGUAUCUGCUGCUUUGUUCUUUGCAAAACAGCAUUGAUUGACGCAAGUCUUGUCUUCACUAAGGUAGGGUAGCAUUUGCUUUUGGUAAAGAGGGUGAAUACACUUAAAUUUCACUAUACAUUGUUAUAUCUCCCCAUUGUUCUUAGUGGGGUCUAGGAUACUGUAAUAAUAUUUUUAAAAUUUACACCCAGAGAGGCAGUCGUUUAUGGUUUGUGCCAGGUAUUUUUAGGGUUGGAUCCACUGAGAUAUGUAGAGCUCACUGCUCUGGGGCUCUGUAGGAAAUCUACAAUGCUGAGUAUCUGGCACUUGUGAUUCUGCUUAUACUGAGAGGGUCACAUCUGUUGGCCUCUGUUGUUGUUUAAAAAAAAUAAUAAAAAUAAAAAAUGUGUGCAAUAAUUUUUAAAUGUGCUCCCAGGAAUAGAUACAAACGUUUGAGCAUGCCUGCGCUGCGUUUCCUUCAGCGGUGCAUUUCUCAGUUGCACUGAAUCUAAGCGGAAGUCAGAGGUGGUUGCUGAUUGUGCUUUGUAUUUUGAUAUGACAUUUUAUUCAUUUGCAUACAGUCAUUGACAUUCUUCCCAGCUGAUUCAAAGACAGUCACAAAUUCCUGCAAUACAGCUGCCAGAAUGAGAGCUGAAUUUUAUGAUGUUGUCUUGCUUCCUGUUGGGUGUUUGUUAGUUUGGUUUCUUUUCCUCCUUCUUUGGCUAUUUUACUUCAGCACCUAACUAUGACAGGAUGUCUAACAGAGCGUCAGUGCAGAGCUUUCUGUCCCCAAGUCUUGGGUCUUGGAUCUUUCCGGACAGACUUGUCUGAAGGUAUGUUCAUCUUUAGGCUGCUGGUGCUUUGUGAGCAUAGUACCAUGUGCUUUGCUGCUGCUGUCUCUGUCUCUGUAGCCUGCUGGCGUGCCACAAUGCUGCUCCACAGAUGCUGCACCAUGUCUCUCCAGAUGAUCAUGGGAGACCAUGUUUCACAGCAUAUGAAGUUCUAUCUUGGGGUUCUUACUUUCCCUCCUGUCUUUUUCUGAAGAUCCCCAGAGUCCAGUACUCUUUCUAUGGUGUUCAUUUAAAUCACUGUUUUUUGCUCUACGGUAAGGAACUUAAUCAUAAGGAAAAGAGAGCAAGGAGACUUAAAUGAAUACUCUUUGAUUACCAUUGAAUAGAGGGAGCAGCUGCCACCCUUAGAAGGCAUGAAGGAAUCUCUCCUCGCCAUGCUGGAGACAUAGAUUUGCCCCAUUUCCUUUUUCCAUGAUCAGGUAAUAUUGACUUUCAGAUGACUUUAGGAGUGGUAACUGGAAUAGGUCUUAGAGUGUAGCAAAUUCUGUUUUCAUGAAUUAUUCUCUAGGUGAGUAUGUUUUUAGGAUUAAACACCUUUUGCAGUACUGAAAGUGCCUCCUUUUGUGGUAUAAAAAAAAACAAAUUAUGGUGCAAAAAGUAAUCAAUAGACUGAAUCACAUGAAGGUUUUUUGCUUUUUGACAUAAAAAUGUCAAGAGACAGGCCAAAGAUUUGUACUUUUCACUUAUAAAGCACUCCUUUUUUUUCCUUAGGAUUCUUUCUGUCGAAUCAGAUUUAAUGAGAGAGUACUAUUUUUAAGGAGCUAUCUGUUAAUGUAGAAUGAUUUUUGUUAAAAAGAGUACUGUAAAAUAUGAAUAAGGAACAGAGGCCCACAGAGGAUUGGGCAUUGUAGUGUUGAAAGGAGUCACAAAUGACCAGGCUUCUGCUAGCAGACAUGACAGGUUUUAACAGAUGCAUAGGAAAACCAUCUCAGACAGUGCUGUCUUGCUCUUUUAAAGACCAUUUAUGUUUUUGUGAGCACGUUGCAUAUUUCCCCAAAGCUUCAUUCCCUUGAGCUAAGAGUGGUACUUGCAUAGUUGCUGUAGAAAUUCUGCCUGCGUGGACCAACAUUGUGGCACACCAGCAAAAGCCAGCAUUUCGGGGCUAGCAGCCAGCCUGCAGAGACCCUGGGAGUGAUUUUUCGUUUGAUUUUGGUUCCCUCCUUUUCUGAUAUCAGCGAGGAGGGAAUGUUGAGCUCCUCCUUCUAGUAAUAGCUCUGAAGUGUCUGUCAUGUUUAAUAUCAGUUUUUAAUACAUGAUUCUAGUUGAAUAUAGAAGAGAGAAAAAAAAAGGGAGUGGAGUGCUCACAUUUUUUUUAAUCCACUUAUUUCGAAUCUUGUGUCUUCUAUAUGAGUUCUGAGGUGUUCAUAGCAUUCUUUAUUUCAGCCCUUCUGUGACAGUGUUGAAGCAGGUUGAAUAACCAGGCUUUUGUUUGUUUGUUUAAAAAAAAAAAACCUAGCAGGCUAUUUCAUGUUUUCUUUGGAAUUUCUGGAUAAGUUGGAGGAAAUGUUGUGCAUGUCAUAUCUGGUGUACUUUUUCAUCUCAUUACAAGCAGGCAGACUUCUUUGUGUAUCUCUGCCAUCCUUAAAUACAGAAGUGAUUUCUCUCCUGACUUGGACAUUAUUGUUAUAUAUAAUGUUUUCAUUUGGGUUUGGCAAAUCCAUUGGGUCUAAUUCUGUGAGCAUACCAUAGCACUGGGUGGUGAUGUCUGCAUCCUCUCUUUAGUUCCCCAGUUAACUGUAAAGCUGUUGUAAAAGUAUAAACCAGCCCGGGACAGUUUUUGUAUAUGUUAAAGAACUUUAUUGUUCAGUUUUCAUGAUGAUUGUGCAAGGAAGACUGAUGCAGAUGCCUGUCUCUCCUGGACCAUGUCAAUGACACUUACGAUGUAUUUUGGUUCCACAUCACAGUGAUUUGUCCCUAAUGACCCUUUGACCCUUUCCAGGCACAUUUUUUGUGUGUGUGUUGUUGUUGCAGUUUUCUCCUUUGCGUUGUAUUGCUUUGACAACUGUAAUUUGAAUCAGAUCUGAAAGAGGUCCAGAAUAAAAUAUAUUUUGAUAUUA